CGCUCAAGAUACAAACAUAUACAGCUUGACCUAAGCAGAAAUGACCAUAAUAUAACAGUGAUGUUUUAUUCCUUUUACAGAAGUUUGCAGUUCAAGUGUGAUGUACCAUUCCCAGUGCCGUUGACAUCCAUGCCACUAAUGCACACCGACAUGGGCAAGAAGAAAACAGCAACAAGAAAACCCCUCAUCACAGCCGCUUCAGCCGGACACUACCGAAAAGUCUCCCAGCUUCUGGACACUGAUGGUGACCUAGACGUGCGUGACAAAGACGGGAGGACUGCGCUACACUGUGCUGUGAAGAACGGACACUUGAAAGUUGUGGACAUCUUGCUGACAAGAGGGAACUGCGGACGAUCCUUGCGUAUGCGUGAUCCCUAUGGCUGGGCGGCGAUCCACUUUGCUGCGCAGUUCAACAACAAGAACAACGUGAUCGGUUUGCUCUUGGACAGGGGCGCGGACGCCUCCAUGAAAACUUACCGAGGGUGGACCGCGCUUCAGCAAGCUGCGUGGAAGGGCGACUGUUACACCAUCGCAUCACUCCUAAGCCACGAGCAUGUCUCGAAACGAUCGGUGCUGUCUCCCUCACAAGUCUACAGCAGGACUGCGCUGCACUAUGCUGUAGAAAAGGGGCGUUUCGCCGCCACCAAGCUCUUGCUGGAAUUCGGGGCUGACAUUAACGCGAAGGACAUCUUUGGGCAGACACCACUACACCGGGCUGCUCAGGAAAACUCAGUGCGCGAGGUUGAGCUGCUUUUACUAGCAGGGGCAGAUUUUAACGCUAAGGACAGGAACGGGAAGACGCCAGCUGAGGUAGCUGCGAGUGGCAGUAAGUGCCAGGAACUGUUGUCAGGACAUGAGAAGCACCACCCCAGCCUGCAGCGACUCUGUAGGCUGAAGAUACACACAACACUGGAGGAAGUGAGAUCAGAGGACAAUGUUAUCCAAGACUUCCCCCUCCCACCUCCUAUGAAGAACUUUCUACUCUUCAAAAAUGUUCUGUGAAACAGUAGAUUUAAAGGGGGUUCUGUGAUGAUUGGUGGAGAAUUGCUUUUAAUUAUUGUAGAAUUUAAGUUUUAAGGAGAUUAUUUAGUGGGUCAUUAGCUGUUAUAUAAUCUGUAUAAAACUGUAGCUCUAUACUGAGAAUGAUUAUAAAUAUCUUAUUAUAGCAAACAACACUUUAUACGUCCAAUUCAAGUCAAUAGCAUAACAGAGGAGUGAUGUUUAUGGACUAUUUUUUUUAGCAAAAGUGAUUGAUUUGUGUACCAAAGAUCUAACCUAGGUUACAGUAUAUGAAUUUGAAUGCCAUACUAGAUGACAAGGUGUGCUUAUGCUUAGGGUUGACUCGUGAAU